UGGCUUUCCAGAGAGGCGUUGUCAGAAGCCGAGAGGGACAGCCCGGGCCCAGCUGCCACCACCCGCGACGGUACUUGUGCGCUUGAGCGUGUGUGUGGCUGCGGCGCUCGCGGUUCUUCCCGUCGUCUCUUCCCCUGAAGGCGAUAAACGGCACUCAGCUGAGUCUGCAAGGUUGCGAAGAGUUGGGGUGAUCAGAAGUUGAUUCUCUGCAAAAGUUUAUUGAGGUCAAAAUGUCUCAAAAAAUCCAUGGUGGUUCUGUGGUGGAAAUGCAAGGAGAUGAAAUGACGCGAAUUAUUUGGGAAUUAAUUAAGGAAAAACUCAUUUUUCCCUAUGUGGAACUGGACUUGCACAGCUAUGAUUUAGGAAUAGAGAAUCGUGAUGCCACCAAUGACCAGGUCACCAGGGAUGCUGCAGAAGCUAUAAAGAAAUACAAUGUUGGUGUCAAGUGUGCUACCAUCACCCCUGAUGAGAAGAGGGUUGAGGAGUUCAAAUUGAAGCAAAUGUGGAAAUCACCAAAUGGCACCAUCCGGAAUAUUCUGGGUGGCACUGUCUUCAGGGAGGCCAUUAUCUGCAAAAAUAUCCCCCGGCUUGUGAGUGGAUGGGUAAAACCGAUCAUCAUAGGCCGACAUGCUUAUGGGGACCAAUACAGAGCAACUGAUUUUGUUGUUCCUGGACCUGGUAAAGUGGAGAUAACCUACACACCAAGUGAUGGAUCCCCAAAGCAGACAUACCUAGUACAUAACUUCGAAGAUGGCGGUGGUGUUGCCAUGGGGAUGUACAAUCAAGAUAAGUCAAUUGAAGAUUUUGCACACAGUUCUUUCCAGAUGGCUCUGUCUAAGAGUUGGCCAUUGUAUCUGAGCACCAAGAACACUAUUCUGAAGAAAUAUGAUGGACGUUUUAAAGAUAUCUUUCAAGACAUCUAUGACAAGCAGUACAAAUCCAAGUUUGAAGCCAAAAACAUCUGGUAUGAGCACAGACUCAUUGAUGACAUGGUUGCCCAAGCUAUGAAAUCAGAGGGAGGCUUCAUCUGGGCCUGUAAGAACUAUGAUGGCGACGUGCAGUCGGACUCCGUGGCCCAAGGUUAUGGCUCCCUUGGCAUGAUGACCAGCGUGCUGAUCUGCCCAGAUGGCAAGACAGUAGAAGCAGAAGCUGCACAUGGGACUGUGACACGUCACUACCGCAUGCACCAGAAAGGGCAGGAGACAUCCACCAACCCCAUAGCUUCCAUUUUUGCCUGGACGAGAGGGUUAGCUCACAGAGCCAAACUUGAUAACAAUAAGGAGCUCUGCAUCUUUGCAAAGGCUUUGGAAGAUGUCUGUAUUGAGACCAUCGAGGCUGGCUUCAUGACCAAGGACCUGGCAGCUUGCAUCAAAGGUUUACCCAAUGUGCAACGUUCUGACUACUUGAACACAUUUGAGUUCAUGGACAAACUCGGAGAAAACUUGAAGAUAAAACUAGCUCAGGCCAAACUUUAAGAUCAUUCCUUGAAGGAGGAUAUGUUUUCUGGUAACUAGACUCAGCUGUUUACAUUUUUCUGUGUAACACUCAAGGAUGAAGGCAAAAUCAACUUUGUAAUUUGUUUGGAAACCAGACUUUAUCUUUUCUGUAAGUUUACAGCCUUUUUCUUAUAUAUACAGUUCUGCCACCUACUUGAAUGUGGCAGCAAGUUUCUAAAUUUUUAUUUUCUAUUAGUAGCCUAGGAGUUACUUCAGUGCUCAUUCAUACUCACUGUCCUUUUUUCUCCUGUUCUGACACAAAUGACCAAAAUGAAGAGUGCUUGAGUCACAGGAGCGUUCCCUCACUAUGUACAAGGCAGAGAUUCCCUCUUCUUCCCUGGCCAAGGGCGCUGGCCGGUUUGGGCAGCAAGUGCCCCUUGAUGAGAGGUAGAGCUACCCCUGAAUUCGCAUGUGAUUCGGAAUGAAGAGUGUGGUGCAGCUGAAACAAGUCAAAGACAAGGCAGUCAUUUUUGUAAAGGCUCUCCUGAAUGUUUUGAAAAUGUUACAUAUUUUAGAGGCCACUGGAGUGUUUAGAAUCCAGAAUCAGUCUCCAGGGCAUCGGGAGAGGUCUUCUGUCUACUUCUCUUGGCCAGGGGUGGCCGAAGUGUUAACGUUACCCUAGCAGAAUAUCUCACCUAAGUGCAAUAAUACAGCUGCACCUUUUUUGAACUUUUGCUGGCCCAUUUUAUUUCUUUUAUAUACAUGUGGUUUUCUCCAAAAGUUGAUUUAAGACACUAGAACUAUUCUCAUCUAACUGUUAAUUAAAAUUAAAUACUAAUGA